AUGAUCUUCGACAAGAAUAUCGACAUUCCACUUCGAGAUGGGUUGGGCUUGUUGAGAGGAAACCUUUACCGACCGAUCGCGCCUGGCCGCUACCCCGUCUUGGUCACGUAUGGACCUUAUGGUAAAGACCUUCCCUACUCCGAUUUCAACGCCCAUUCGUUUGGAGAGAUCCCUGAGGAGCAAAAGUCCAAGUACUCGGCUUGGGAAGUCCCAGAACCCACUUACUGGACUCGACACGGAUACGCCGUUUUGCGCGUCGACGAGCGUGGUAUCGGGAGCUCUUUCGGUUUCCUGGACACCAUGUCGGAUCAGACCAGCUCUGACUUUGCAGAAGUCAUCGAAUGGGCUGCCGACCAACCCUGGUCGUCCGGCAAAAUCGGCCUUUUGGGAAUCUCAUACUACGGCGGAAGUCAGUGGCGGGUCGCAGCGCGCAAGCCCAAAGGACUUGCCUGUAUCAUCCCCUGGGAGGGUAUGACCGACUACUAUCGAGACCGGGUCAGGCAUGGAGGCAUCUACUCGAACAAGUUCGUCUCGUUCUGGUGGAACAACCAAGUCAGGCCGAUGCAAUAUGGCAACCCAGAGAAGCAAUCGAGGCAGUUUGGUCCUGACUGCGCUGAAGGCGCUCGCACCGCCGACCAACUCGUCGAGCGCAGACGCGAUCAGACCAUCGAUAACCGAGACCAUCGUUACCUGGACGAGCAGUAUCACGAUAGCCGAGUUUACCAGCUCAGCGAUAUCGAAGUGCCCGUUUUAAGUGUGGCGAAUCUUGGCGGCAUCAUGUUGCACCUACGGGGCAACGUUGUGGGAUAUCUCGAAGCAGGCACCCCCAACAAAUGGCUCUAUUUCAUCUCAGGGCGACACGAUCUACCUUUCUACCUUCCGCAUUACGUGGAACUACAAAAGUCUUUCUUGGAUGCCUGGUUACAAGACAAGGAUAAUAGGGGAUGGAAACUCGGUCCGAAUGUCAAGGUGCCCGCCGUCUCUGUGCUUGAGAGGCGAGGUAAUCCCGGUCACAACUCGAACGAGGCGGAAGCUACCUAUACAAGUCGUGGGGAAGCCGAAUGGCCCCUGGCACGAACUCGAUACACCAAGUUUCACUUGCAACCGGAUCUCACCUUGUCUGAGACUUCGUCUACCGAAAGCAAGACGUUCCCUCUGGAAGCGCUUGGGAAAUCCGAACCGCUGCAGUUCGAAGUUACGUUCGACAAGGAGACCGAAAUAGCUGGACAUCCUUUGAUGUCGCUGGCGUACAGCGUCGAGCGCAGGGAAGACGGCACCCAUCCCAAGGAUAUCGACGUGUUCGUCACUCUCAGACAUAUCGAUCCACAAGGGCAAGAAGUCUUCUACACGGGUACUGCGGGCGAUCCUGUGCCACUUUGCAAAGGAUGGCUUCGAGCCUCUGUACGCAAGAUCAACGAACAGUCCCCGAGGCACCGAGACUGGCUGCCUCAUCGAGAUUACCUGUCUACCGAAGUAGACUACCUCAAGCCGGACGUCGUGUACGUCCUCGUCGUCGAGAUCUGGCCGACCGCUUGCAUCGUCGCGCCCGGGGGCAAGAUCAUCGCCGAAGUUGCCACCGGUGACACUCAAGGUGGGGGUAUCUUCCUGCACAACGAUCCCGUAGACAGGAACGAGCAAGAUUUCGGCGGAGUAAACGUUUUGCACGUGGGAGACCGAUACAAUAGCUAUUUGGUGCUUCCUCUUGUCUAA